GACGUCUAUGUAGCUCUGUUGACAGCUAUGACAGCCUUCUUUUUUGAUAUCCGGUUCACGCAAGUGUUGCUGAUCGACUAACCACCUCGUAAUGGCACCCAGGAAGGCUAAAGUUCAGAAGGAGGAGGUCCAGGUUCAGCUUGGUCCCCAGGUCCGCGAUGGCGAGAUCGUCUUUGGCGUGGCCCACAUCUACGCCAGCUUCAACGACACCUUCGUCCAUGUCACGGAUCUGUCUGGCCGCGAGACCAUUGCCCGCGUCACCGGCGGCAUGAAGGUGAAGGCUGAUCGUGACGAGGCUUCGCCCUACGCCGCUAUGUUGGCUGCCCAGGAUGUGGCUGAGAAGUGCAAGACCCUGGGAAUCACCGCGCUGCACAUCAAGCUGCGCGCCACUGGAGGCAACAAGACCAAGACCCCCGGACCCGGCGCCCAGUCCGCUCUGCGCGCUCUGGCCCGUUCGUCCAUGAAGAUUGGCCGCAUCGAGGAUGUUACCCCCAUCCCAUCGGACUCCACCCGCAGGAAGGGCGGUCGCCGUGGUCGUCGUCUGUAGAGAGAUGGAAUCCGGAUGCCGGAUGUUCCUUUUGCCGUUCCCUGCUUUUGUGUAUAUGACAAGAACAUCGCUAUUCUGUUUGUGUGCAUGAAGGCACUGUAAUAAACCGGGAAGAUUGUCUAAAACGAA